AUGGCCAUCUUCGGACUCUGGGUAAUCAACAAGGCUGGUGGUCUCGUCUACCAGCGCAACUUCUCGGAUGGAUUAGCGCAGUUGACUUCAAAUGAGAACCUCGUCUUGGCCGGGACGCUGCACGGUAUUCAUGCCAUUACGCGAAACUUGUCGCCCACGGGCACCAGCUCUGGAGCACAUGUUAUUGAGGGCGAAAGCUUCAAAAUGACCAUUUUAUUGACCCCCACUGCAACGAAGUUCGUUUUGCUCACAUCCCUGACGGAGACGACGGCGGAUUCUAUGCUGCAGAAAGUCUACGAGGCAUAUUCGGACGCUGUCAUGAAGAAUCCCUUCCAUACACCAGAGAUGCCGAUUCGAAGCGAAGGGUUUGAUAGACGCAUAACAUCCCUCAUCGGUUCAUGA